GAGAGCCAACGACCAGUAUGUAUCAAUGGCAUAAAUUGCAGUUCAUCGCAGUUUGUCAAGUGCGGUGAAGUUAGAAUUUAAAUAAUUAAUAUUUUUCUAUAUCUUUUCCUUAUUUUGAGAAUCAAAAUCGAGAUAAAUGUUUUUAAUAUCAUAAAAUUGAAAAACUCUAAAGAUUUUUUAGCUAUUUCUUAAUAUCAGAAAUCUAAUUGGACUAACCUCUAAGAUGAGCAAAACUAAUCAGACUUGGAAAGAAAUGGAUAUUACAGAUCCCAAAGAACGGAUCAAGGCUCUUACAGAGCAUGCCUCGAGGGUGGAAAUUGAUCCAAAUAUUGCACCUAAAAGAUAUUAUCGCACUGGAGUAGAAAUGGUCAGAUUAGCAAAUAUGAAUAUGCAAUACCACUACUAUGAAAAUGCUUUCACAUUAUAUAUGAAGUUCAUAACACUUUUUGUGGAUAAAAUACAACACCAUCCGCAAUAUGAUAGUGUAUCAGCUAAGGAUAAAGCAAUGAAUAGAGAUGCCUUACGAAUAGUUAUUCCUAAAGCUGAAAAACUAAAGAAACAAUUAUUGGAGCAAUAUCAAGCAGAGCUGGAUAAGUAUUUAGAAGAUUUGAAAGAAAAAGAAAGGAUUGAAAAGGAACGUUUGAGACAAGAAGAACUUCAAAGGCAAAAGGAAGAAGAAAUUAGAAGAAACAAAAUGGCUGCUUUGGCUGCUGUUAGAGCAGCUAAAGCUGCUAUUAAUGCUAAUGUAUUAGUGGAGGCAAAAAGUUUGCCUUCUAUCGCACCAAAGACUGUGAUAAGUGCUACAAAUGAUGAUAAAGCACUCAAAAUUUCCAAGGAUAUAAAAACACCAACAGUGGAUCGUUCUACAAAGCCUUCCUUAUUGACGAGCGACGGAUUAUCUUUGCGUGACGUUAUUUUGCCGACCAAAUUAAUGCACAACUUUCUGACGCUUGCCUUUCACAAUACAAUGAGCAAUAAAGAGACUUGCGGCAUUUUGGCUGGGCGAUUGGAGCGAAAUAAGUUGAUGGUGACACAUCUAUUGAUACCAGAACAAACUGGCACUCCAGAUUCUUGUACUACACACAACGAAGAAGAUAUCUUUGAUUAUCAAGAUCAGCAUAAUCUUAUCACUCUUGGUUGGAUUCAUACGCAUCCUACACAGACUGCAUUCUUAUCGAGCGUGGAUCUUCAUACGCAUUGUGCUUAUCAAUUGAUGAUGGCGGAAGCCAUAGCGAUAGUUUGCGCGCCCAAGUAUGAUGAAACGGGAUUCUUCAUUUUGACACCUGAUUACGGCUUGGAUUUCAUCGCAAAUUGCAGAGAAACGGGAUUUCAUCCACAUCCCUCUGAAUCACCAUUAUACAUGAAAGCAAAACAUUGUAAAUUGGAUGUAACGGCACUUAUCGAAGUCGUGGAUUUGCAAAGAAAAUGAUACAUCUCAAAUAGAGGAUAAUUAUUUUAUUGAAAAAUAUUUUUAAUUAAAUCUUAGAAAAUAGCAAUUUAUAAAAUCA